AUGUAUCUGGACUCUGUGUGGUGGUUUCGGGUGACUCUGGAGGGCGCUGUCUUCUUGAUCGGUGUCCCUGGCAACCUACUCAUCAUCCACGUGUACGCGUCCAAGAGGACAAAGGUCACACCCCAUGUCUUCAUCAUCGGAUUGGCCGUUGCUGAUUUCACGGUUUGUCUCUUGCGGAUGAUAGCCCUGGUCCAACUUUUCCCGCCAAUUGACACGUUCAGGGCGACCAGUCAAUUCUUCUGCCGUGUGCCGCCCAGUAUUGACGUUUGGCCGAAGUAUACGUCCAUACUUCUGACAACGGCCGUGGCGGUUGACCGCUAUCUGGCCAUCUGCCGACCGCAUGGGCGUCGGAUGACCGUGCGACAGGCCCGUCAUGCCGUCUAUGCCUGCUUCGCUGUGUCUGUGGUCGUCACGCUCUCGUAUCUGUUCAUGCACGGAGUUGCACCGCUUCACGAAGGCACCACGUCUUGUCAGUUCCUCGUUCCGCCUGCGGUAAUCACUACCGCGUUUAUCUCCCUCAUGAUUUCCUUCGUUAUCUCGUGUGUAAUCAUCGUGGUGUUGUACGUCAAGAUCUACCGGAAAGUCAACCGGAUGGCUAAGGUGCGUCCAGGGAACACCGUUCACCGCUGUGCCUCGCAUGCAUCGUCCCGUGUAUCUCACGACGAUUCAACGGCCCGGGCGGGAGGCAUCACACCCAACCGCCUAAUAGCCGCGGCCUCCCGUAAAACCAAUCCUGAAAUUCAACAAGACAAAUCGGUAGAUGAGCUGAAAGCUCGAGUGAUGCCUCAUCAACCACAACCUGAACCGAGAACCUCUGCGUGGAACGCCGAUCAUCAGAUGGAGGAGUUACCAAUUCUGAAACCGCCUACCGAACCCACGGUACCCAGCAUCAGUAGCACAAUAACUUCAAAUAACACUUCGAUUGCGAGCCCAUCACCUCAAGCCACAAAAAUAGACACUGGGACCAAAAGCGACCAAUCAAAUGCCCCACAAUUCCACAAGAAAACCACGCUGAUGUUGCUUCUGUCUACCAUAGUCUUCAUCGUCACACUCGUACCAGUGUGUAUCGUAAUGUUGGCCUACCCAUUCAUCCUACCGCUGCUAGCACACAACGAGGCAUUUCGGUUCCUAGUCAACGUGGCCUCGUACCUGAACCUGGUCAACAACGCAGCCAACCCCGUCCUGUUUAGCUUCGUCAGCCGCCGGUUUCGUGAAGACAUGAAAAGAUCGCUUCGAAAACUAUGCCGUGGGGGCGGCCGUUUUCGGGACUAG